UCCAUGCCACCUUUUAUUUCAAGCGUUGUCCUUUUCGUGGUAAAAAAAGAAAAGCAUACAGAGCUCAUUUUGGUGUGUCCGCUGUCGAAUUUGACGUGUCGGAGAACGGCCACUUUCUCGCGAAACCAUUGUGGGUAUCGCUUCUCGGCCUUUUGGCUAAGAUCAAGAAAAAGAUCGCGAGAAGUACCCGCGGGAUCCACAAGGAGGUGCGAUGUCGACAUCGGCCACAUCACAGUCAGCAGCCGCUGGACUGAAGAACACGCUGCGUUUUCAAUGGACCGGAAAUGAUAGUUUGAUGGAGAGAUUUCGUUUUGGGAAGGAAGUUCUUUUUGGACCGCUACGCCUGACAGCAGACGACGUGCACUGCCUGCAACAGAACACACCGGAGAAGUUUUACGACGUGUCGUUCUACACCAUCACCAGGCUGGAGGAGGUGAGAGGGCUUUUCCGCGCGAACGCGACAGCACCCGCCCUCAGUGCGUUUCAAGUGGAGUCCCUGUGCAGGCACAACAUGAGGGUGCUAACGGUGCACAUGUUCAACCCAUGGGUCACAGAGGAAACAUUAGUGUGCUACCUCAGCCGGUACGUGACCAUCUUGCCAGGAGUGAGAGACAUUAAGGACGCCCUGGGCAUCUGGACAGGGAAGAGGCAGUUUCGUGUGCUGCUAAAGGAGGACGAGAGCGGCCAUGAUGGCUACCGCCAUCCACCCGCUUCUUUUUCCAUCGGAGCAGACAGGGGCUACCUUAUGUAUGCUGGUCAGCCUCGUUUCUGCAGGAAGUGCAGCACCUACGGGCACCUCGCUGAUGCCUGCACCCAGACAAGGUGCAGAAACUGUGGGACUCUGGGCCAUAUAAUGAGGGAUUGCACCGUGCCCAAGCGCUGCAGUCUGUGCAACUCAGAGGACCACCUGUUCCGUCACUGCCCGAAGGCAGCCCCCUCUUACGCCAGAGCGGUGAGCGGGAAAAGAGCGGAGAGCGACAAAAGACCAGAGAGCGGGAAAAUACCAGACGAGGGAGAAGGAAUGGAACUACGCGCCAUUGAGGAGGUGGUGGAGGAGCUGGUGAUGGAGAGAGAACUGCGAGGGUCCGAGGAGAGCGGGAGUGAGACGCCAUCAUCAUCCCACGAGGAGAGCGGAGAGACCGACGGGAGUUGGAACAAGCAAGUGGAGGGGGAGAAGGGAGAGCCCACCGCGCCCUCGGCUCAGGAGAGCUGGACAACGGUGAGAGAGAGGAGGAAGUGCUCGGUGAAGAGGAAGCAGAUGAGCCCUGUUUCCCCACUCAUCAGCAUGGAGGCGACGGAGAAGUCUGCUCUGGGGGGAAACCGUUUCAGUGUUUUGGAAAGCGGGAGGUCUGAGGAGAAAGGCGAGGGAAACCCGGGCAGCGCAGAGGAGACUCUGCUUUCCCCGUCAGGCAGCUCCAUCGACAGCAGCGGUCUGGCACCCAGCGGUGUUCCAGCGCCCACACAGAUGGAGGAGGAAAGGGUUUUCCCAACCAAGAUCCUUGUGGACAGUCCUCCCGCUGGAGACCACCGUUUCCCGGAUAGGCCUCCUAACGAGGAGAUGUAUUUAAAAUUUAUCAUCUGAUGACUUGGACAGCUUGGACUUUCUAGUCUUCCCAUUCCUUCACCGACUCAAUCACCUCCACGUUCCUCACUGAUUGGUCAGGAGCCAUGGCAGGCCAAUCAGAGAGCUCCAGGUUGCCGCUGGCCCCUAACCCUAACACCC